UCACCGGAUAUGGCUGGUCCCUCUACUCCGUUUGUGAAAAGGCCGAUCAGCUGUCUUUCGCUCACGGGAGUUUACGUUUCUUGAUAAAUAAACCAUCCCAGGUGGGAAUUGUGACACAUUAUGUCUUCCAACAAUAUGUCAGACCUGAGGAGACAAAAUAAGAUUUUACGGUACAAGCCUCCCAGCACAGAUGCUAAUCCCACACUGGAGGACCCGACGCCCGACUACAUGAACCUACUCGGCAUGAUCUUCAGCAUGUGUGGACUGAUGCUCAAGCUGAAGUGGUGUGCCUGGAUCGCAGUCUACUGCUCUUUCAUCAGUUUUGCAAACUCCAGAAGCUCGGAGGACACCAAACAGAUGAUGAGCAGCUUCAUGCUUUCCAUCUCAGCUGUUGUGAUGUCCUACCUCCAGAACCCACAGCCAAUGUCACCGCCAUGGUAACCAAGGGCCAAUCACAGAAGAGCAAGUGAAUCGUGGAUGCUGGAGUUAACAGCUGAUUGGCCCCCCUGGCCACCAUUAAGGAAAAACAGAGACAGAAAGGAAGAUAAUAUGAUAGAGGAGGAGAGGAAACAGAUGCCCGGGAGCGGCGGACGUAAAGAGGACGCUACGGCAAGACGGAGAGAUCAAUGUUCUCAAGUUAUUCUCUUUUUAUCCUUUUCUAACUUUAUUUGUUAAUGAAAACUUUAAAUAUGCACUGUUUGGCUGAUCUGUUGCAGGAUGUCUUUAAAUAAAGUUGCACAAUUUUAAAAGGAA